GUGCCGGGGGCGUGGCCGUCGCGGGGCGGGGCGGGGCGGGAGCGCGCGCUGCCAUGGCGCUGAACCUCAGCAAGAACGGGCGGGCGCUGCAGGAGGCCUACGGGCGGGUGGUGGCGGCGGGGAGCCCCACGGACUGGGCUCUGUUUACCUACGAAGGCAACAGCAAUGACCUGCGCGUGGCCGGCUGCGGAGAUGGUGGCCUGGAGGAGAUGGUGGAGGAGCUCAACAGCGGGAAGGUGAUGUAUGCCUUCUGCAGGGUGAAGGAUCCCAACUCCGGCCUGCCCAAAUAUGUCCUCAUCAACUGGACUGGCGAAGGCGUGAACGACGUGAGGAAAGGAGCCUGCGCCAACCACGUCAGCACCGUGGCGAACUUCCUAAAGGGGGCUCAUGUCACCAUCAACGCUCGUGCAGAGGAGGACGUGGAGCCUGAGCUCAUCAUGGAGAAGGUUGCCAAGGCCUCUGGGGCCAACUACAACUUCCACAAGGAGAGCAGCAAGUUCCAGGACUCGGGCCCUCAAGCUCCCGUGGGCUCUGUCUACCAGAAGACGAACGCAAUGUCCGAAAUCAAGAGAGUCAACAAAGAUAAUUUCUGGGCCAAAGCGGAGAAAGAUGAAGAAAACCGUCGGCUGGAGGAGAAGAGGAGAGCGGAGGAGGAGCGGCAGCGGCUGGAGAGAGAGCGUCGGGAGCGGGAGCUGCAGGAGGCAGCGGGGCGAGAACAGAGAUAUAAAGCGAGAUCCAAUGAAAUUGAAGCCCAGAAGAGACUCCAGCAGCAGCAGGAGGCUGAGAACAGGGACAAAGAGCAGCAGCAAUGGAAGGAACAAGCCGAGGAGUACGAGGCCAGGCAGCGGAAGGGCUUCAAGAGAAGCGAGUCGGUGGAGAAAGCCCAGGAGGCGGCCUCGCUGGUGGCGCAGAGGGCGGUGAACCCCCGGGACAUCUUCAAGCAGAGGGAGAAGUCGGUGCCGGCGGAGACAGUGACGGCUUCCCAGCCAGGCAAGCUUCGCAGCCCUUUCCUGCAGAAGGAGGUGAACUCUGUGCCCAGUCCUGCCUCUCCCGUCUCUCCUGCCCGAGGGGCUCCCCCAGCAUCCUUCGCCCCCUCCAAUGCUUGGGGGACGCCUCCAGCCUCUCCGGUACCCACUGCAGGACAAGACUCCGGGUACAAUUCAAGCAUCCCAGCUUCCCACGCGGAUGAGGCAAAUCUGUACGAGGAGCCGCCAGACACCUCGGCCAUCUAUGAAGAGCCCCCUCAGGAUCAAGUCGACGAUGCCAAAUACAGGUACCCGGUGGAGUACCAGCUGGCGCCGGACCUGGCGGGGAAGGGGCUGUGUGCGCGAGCACUCUACGACUACCAGGCUGCCGAUGACACCGAGAUCUCGUUUGACCCGGAGAACAUCAUCACCAACAUCGAGAUGAUCGACGAGGGCUGGUGGCGUGGCUAUGGGCCCGAUGGCCACUUCGGCAUGUUCCCUGCUAAUUACGUGGAACUGAUAGAGUGAGGGGGCUGGCGGGGACCAGAGCCGCUCCCUCCCGCCCGGGACCGCUUGGCUCCUGCCUCACUCUUCCAAACGAUAUGUGGCUUUUAUUUCUUCUCUUUUUUUUUUUUUUUUCUUUUCUCCGAGUGAAGUGCCAUUGCCCUGCUCCCUCGGCGGCGGGGCCGAUGCAGGCGCUGCUCUCCUCCGCCCUCGCCCGUCCCCCGUCGCUGGCCCUGGGUCGGGACGAGGGGCCGCCGUCCCAUCUCCCCUCCCCACCUUUUGCUUUGGAGCGUGAAUUCUUUUUCAGGGCUGAAGGAGGUGACGACGGAUCCCUCACGGGUCAUUUUCAGGGAACAAGUUGACUCUAAACCCACCCGCCCGCCCCCUCCACGCUCCUUCCUGCCCUGUGGCCGUGACGGAGUAACCGCUUUCCCCGUUUCGGGUCGCUGACGAAGCUCACCGGGGCGAUUUGAGCGUCUCGGGGGGGUCUGACAUCACCGAGAGCCGAAACCUCGCCACCCCCAGAGCUCCCCGCGCCACCGUCCCUGCGUUCUCCUCCCUGCUGUCCCCAGGGCGGGGGGGUGGGGGUGUGUGUGUGGGGGGAUGUGUGUGUGUGUGUGUUUCUCUGCGCCCCCCCCUCCCCAAGCCACCCUUGGGGGACUGAGAUCGUGCGUGAGGAGGUCUGCGAGGCCAAAGGGGGUAAUUUGGGUUUAUUUUUUAGCAAAACCUGUGAGCGGGGGGUCCCUCCCCCCCUUCCCCCCCCGCCCCAUCCCCCCACAUUCACUGUGAACAAGGAAGAGCCCAGCCCAGCUCCCACCUUUAUCCCCUUGAGUUUCUUCCCUCGGCGUUGCUUUAGGAUUAGAAGGCGACAGGGUUUGGAGGGACCGGGGGUCUCAUUGCCCUGGGCUCCUGCCCCCGCUGCGCCGUCCCCAUCCUCCCGGUGACAAUAAAAGGGCUUUUCUUUGGUGAUGGAUGCA